AAAUGCGAAAACGAUGUCUGAAGUGCAAUUUGAAAGAUGUAUGCCAUAAUCAUGAGAGGUAUCGACUGGUUAGCAAACACAAACUUCACAAGACCCUAUGGCAAAAUGACUACGUCAUCAAUCACUACAGGCCCCCGGCGAUGACCAAGAAAAUGUGUGCAAAGAGCGCUUUCCACAUCAACAACGAAACAAUCAAUAUUUGGAGUCAUUUACUAGGAUUUAUCUACUUCACAUAUCAACAAUACAACACAAACUACAUAGUUCUACCGUCAAUCGGAUCUCAUCCUUCUGAUCAUUUUGUUUUCACAUUAUCGAUUUUUGGAAUGCAAAUGUGUAUGCUCUUAUCAGCCAGUUAUCAUACUUUUGGGUGUACGAGUAUUGAAAUGCGACAGAAAUGGCUGAAAAUGGAUAUUUUCGGGAUUUCGGCGGGUCUUCUUGGAAUGUAUCUCAAUGGGAUUUACACGGCGUUUUUCUGUUUUCAGGACCAUCUCACCUCGUAUAUCUACAUCUUACUGGGCAUUUUUGUAAUCACCGCGUAUGUACCAACUCGGCAAGACUUCUUUGAGCGCAAAAUUAUUGGCUCCCGAGUUGGUCUCCUUCACAUAAUUUAUUGUAUAAUCAUUACAUUUGGCAUCUGUCCAACAGUUCAUUGGGUAUUCCUUCAUGGAGGAUUUGAGAAUGAUCAUGUUACUAAAUGGUUUCCAAAUGUAGUAGUUCUCUACUCGUUAAUAGCUGCUGCCUUUAUGUUUUACGUCACAAUGGUGCCGGAAAAACUGUGGCCAGGAAAAUUCGACGUGGUCGGAUGUUCCCAUCAAUGGUGGCAUAUUUUCAUUCUCGGAGCAAUGAUCUAUUGGCAACAAUCUGGAAAUCAAUUGCUCACUGAAUAUCGAUCAUUCACUGACAGUUGCCAUCGAUUUAUUCCCAGAAAUUUCUCUGAAAUCUCUUCUUCUUCAGUCAAUUCCAAUUAUAGUAAUAGUCCCGCCAUGUAAUUUUGCUGUUGUAAUAGUUAAUUUAUUUAACAUAGAUCUCUUUGUGCUCAUUUUUUGAAAAAUUUACUAUUCUAAUUCAAAUAUUCAAAUUUUUUGUAAAUUCUUCUGCUUUACGAGGUUUCCCGGUGGGUGUGAGUGUGAUACAAGAUUUUUUAGAAUAAAUUAUUUUCUCUUUACA